AUGACAAUUCUCCAUGACUACAGAGCCAGAUGUAGAGACCAGACGAGGUCUAACCCUAACCCAGCCUCCCCUCCCAGGGCUAACCAUAAUCCAGCCUCCCAGCCCAGGGCUAACCCUAACUCUAACCCUAACCCAGCCCCCCAGCACAGGUCUAGCCCACCCUGGUCCUCCUCACUCUACCAGUCCAGCCAGGGGCACCAACCUAGGCAGGAGCAGCAGCACUCAUCCAGCCAGGCCUCAGCAGCUCAGCAACCCUUUGGACGGCCCUACAACCCACUGCCCACCUCCUCCUGUGUGGGAGAGCACAACCAGUACAAGAUUUGCAACAACAACGCCUGUCCUCCAGCCAGUAGACACAUCAGAGCGGUGCAGUGUUCUUCCUACAACAGCUAUCACUUCAUGGGUCGACUGUACGAGUGGGAGCCUUUCAAUGAAGUUUCAGGCGACCAGCGUUGUGAGCUCAACUGUCGUGCGAUCGGUUUCCGCUUCUACGUGCGUCAGUCGGAUAGGGUCAUCGAUGGGACGCCGUGCGGCCAGAACGAGACUUUCAUCUGUGUGGCAGGGAGGUGUCAGGUAGGACACUUAACUCAUUUACCAGUGGCCUGGCCAGGCCUGUGGACUCCUGCCAAACCACUCAGAAUAGAACAGAACAGUGACAGGAUGGAUGGAAUCAGAGGAAAGAAAAGCAUAAUUCAUUGAGAUGAAAUGUUGACAUCAUUCCACAAAACCUUCAAACACGAGAAAACACGGUCCCAAAAGAGUUCUCAAGAUCAACUGCAUCCAAAUGCAAGAUACAGUACAUUUUAUUAAAGACAUUUAAUCAAUUAUACAUAACCAGCAGAGGGCAGCAGAGUAUAACACUGUUAUCU